UGAUAGGAGACCUGGCCCUGCACUGAGAGGACAAAAGGAAUGAGGGACGAGAGUAGAGGAGAUCACAGUGGUGUUGGAUGGUGCGAACAUAAUUGAAGAAAAGUGUGGAAUAAUACACACAAAAUUAUGAGGUAAAAUUUGUUCAAAAACCUGGGAGAUAGGAUGACAAUUACAGGUUUAUGAAUAACAGACCUCCAGCUAAUUCCCGGUAUCAGCCCACUGCCUACGAACAUGCUGCAAACUGCUAUACACACGCAUUUCUCAUUGUGCCAGCGAUUGUGGGCAGCACAUUGCUUCACAGGCUGUCGGACGACCAAUGGGAGAAGGUGACAGCUUGGAUGUACGGCCUGGGGCUUUGUGCACUCUUCAUCGUAUCCACCUUUUUCCACAUUAUUGCGUGGAAGAAGAGCCACUUGAGAACGAUGGAACAGUGCUUCCACAUGUGUGAUAGAAUUGUCAUCUACUUUUUCAUCGCAUCUUCCUAUGCACCAUGGUUAAAUCUCCGGGAGCUCGGGCCCCUGGCUUCCCACAUGCGUUGGUUCAUUUGGAUCAUGGCAGCUGCUGGCACCAUCUAUGUCUUUUUGUUCCAUGAACAGUAUAAGAUUAUUGAGCUACUGUUUUACUUGACAAUGGGCUUUUCUCCAGCUGUGGUGGUAGCAUCAAUGCCAAACACUGAUGGCAUCCAGGAGUUGAUGUGGGGCGGCAUGCUGUAUUGCCUGGGAGUGGUGUUCUUCAAAAGUGACGGCAUCAUUCCUUUUGCCCACGCCAUCUGGCACAUCUUCGUCGCCUUGGCUGCAGCAGUGCACUACUACGCCAUCUGGAAGUACCUGUACCGGAGCACUGCCUCGUCUGUGUGGAGGGACUUCUGAGCUGCAGUCGGCCUUUGUGCUGCAGUGGAUGUUUGGUGGCACAGGCCAGUGAAGAGCAGGAGGCAGCAGCUUUGCUCCACAAGAGUUGAGUCGACCGACCUCCAGCUGCGAAUGAACACAAUGCCGUUCUCUGGAGCCUGCGGAGAGAUUGAGACAGUCAUGAGGUGGGGGGUAGGGGUGGGCUUGGGGAGGGAUGCUGUGGGCUUGCUUUUCAGAUCAUUCUUUUGAAUCCAAAACCUUGUGUCUUCCUCCCGGCGCCCACUCCUCACGCACCUCAGCAACACGCUGGAAUUACAAGACAUCAGCGUGACCAUGUGACUGACUCCAUGUCAGCUGUGCUGUGUUGGUGUUUGUGUUUUUGGAAAGUGAAGCACAGUUUAGAAUAAGUGCAAGGUGGAGUGGCUGAACAGAAACCAGGGUAUUUUUUAUAAGUAACUUAGUGACUUAUGGGCAUUAUACAAUUUGACGAACCUCCACUGGACAUCAAACUGAUACAUUCCAGUUUAGUGUGGCUUUUAUACCUCGCCUUUCAUCAGAAAACCUCCGAUUUGCCCGGUUGUUGGGGAAGGGCUUUGGGUUCUUCUUUUCCGUACAUGUUUGCUGCUGAUGAACUAAUACUGCAUUUCUGCGAGCACUUUGUGCCGCCUGGAGUGGUGAAGGGAACAUAUUUUUGGGAAUCUCUCUCGCGUGACAAGGGGGUUGUGCGCGUCUACGGCAACAGUAUUGUAGUUUGUGUUCUGCUUGUUCCAGCGACAGGCUGCUGGUGAGGAACGCAACAAAAGCACUUUUGUUCUGGUUAAGCCGCUGCCAGUGGCUGCUGAUGGGCCAGUGGGUUAGCUGGCAUCGCUGGAGUGUGGAGCAGGAGAGAUUCUGAUUACCUCAUUUUGUAACCAGGCAGCAACCUGUCGUUGCUCCCUGUGUCCGUGGUCCCUGACACGCCUCUCGCAUUGCACUCUGCAUUUUAUACGGAUACCAGGUUGGGCAGCCCAGUCUGUCACCCCUGGUUCCCCAUCCAUCCCCACCCCACCUCCAAAAGACUAUGUUAAACUUAAAGAAUUAAUGGUUUACAUUUUAUGAAAACUUUGUCCAAUUCGGUGAAAGUAUUUUUUAUAUGUAGCCAACGGAUUUUUCAAAAGUGGCUCUUUCUAAAUUGAACUAGGGUAGCAAGUUUGGCUGGCACGAUAUUCCGGACCAAAUCCAGGGCUCCUGCCAUUGGCCUUCUCCCACCGCAUCCUAGCAAGAAGAAUGCCUGAAUUACUCCCCGUCCGUUGUGUAGGUGGCCAGUCUGGUGCAGGCACAUUGGGCCAGCACUGAGGGCUGCUAUUUUCACAGCAGAAUCUGUUCACCAUUCACGCUGGAACCUGGAGACUCUGGCACCACUUGGAUUGCACAUCUGUCCUCAAUGGGUGAGCUUAGAGAGGGCAGGAUUGCAACUGGUGAGUCCACCAGCAGAGUGAACCACGAUACCGUUCUAGUGUCACUGCUCCGACAUGUGCCAAAUACCUCAAUGGUUGUGUUUAGAUUUCAAAGGUGCUUUUUCUCAUCAAAACUGAAAUCCAGAUGGUAUUUUUAAUAAGCUGCCCACUGUGAAAUGACAGCUUGACUUUGAGGCAGGGGGGCAGAUGUGCGCAGUUGGGGAGGGAGUGGGGAAUAACGAGACAUUUCUCUCCAGGAGAGCAUGGGUAAUAGCACUUUAGUAAUGUGGACUGUUGGGGGUGUGAGCGGAAUCUGGUCGCUGGUGGGGGUCAUAAUUAAGGCUUACGUUGCUUUAGCAGCUUAAUAUUAAAUGAUGGAACACACCAAGUAGUUCCAAGGACUGCGCUUGAGAGAUAAUUGGGAGACAGCAAGAUAUUCUUACCUAGAAAGUGUCAGUUUCCUAACAGGAUGCAAGUAAUGGGGCACACUGGGUAAAAGCAUGAGUCCAGGGCAUCAUUGCGACCCUGUCAGGCUGUGUAUGUGAGAUGUGACCGAGUCGUGGCCUUUUGCCCAGUGUGUGCUCUCAUUGGCUGAGCACCAACCACAAGAGCAAAUCAUUCCCCUCACAUGUUUCUGUCUGCUUGCUGCCGGGCUCAAGUGAGUAGCUGGUUCCCUUGGCUCACACACUGAUGCUGGGCCUAGCCUUGGCUCACACACUGGUGCCUGGCCUAGCCUUGGCUCACUCACUGAUGCUGGGCCUAGCCUUGGCUCACUCACUGGUGCCUGGCCUAGCCUUGGCUCACACACUGGUGCUGGGCCUAGCCUUGGCUCACACACUGGUGCCUGGCCUAGCCUUGGCUCACACACUGGUGCUGGGCCUAGCCUUGGCUCACUCACUGAUGCUGGGCCUAGCCUUGGCUCACACACUGGUGCCUGGCCUAGCCUUGGCUCACACACUGGUGCCUGGCCUAGCCUUGGCUCACACACUGGUGCUGGGCCUAGCCUUGGCUCACUCACUGAUGCUGGGCCUAGCCUUGGCUCACACACUGGUGCCUGGCCUAGCCUUGGCUCACACACUGGUGCCUGGCCUAGCCUUGGCUCACACACUGGUGCUGGGCCUAGCCUUGGCUCACACACUGGUGCUGGGCCUAGCCUUGGCUCACACACUGGUGCUGGGCCUAGCCUUGGCUCACACACUGGUGCUGGGCCUAGCCUUGGCUCACACACUGGUGCUGGGACUAGCCUUGGCUCACACACUGGUGCUGGGCCUAGCCUUGGCUCACACACUGGUGCUGGGCCUAGCCUUGGCUGGGUCUGGGUCAUUGGCUUUCCUGGGUCAGGCUGGGGCUGGCACUGGAUGGGUCUGGCUAUGUGACUGAUGUGUGGGGGGAGCCAGCCACUGUUUCUGUCACAACUGGCUACGUAUUGGUGAACAGCAGGGCUGGCCAAUACUUUUGUGAAGUUGCUGAGAUGUCGGCUCCUGAUCUGUGCUCUUGUUUUAACCAGGGUUUGUCUGUAUACAAAUUUCUUUUCUAAAGGCUAUGAUUUCUGUGGGUGUCUAUAUUGGUUAUGCCAGGUUUUGGAGCCAGGGUAUCUAACUUAUUUUAUAUUCCUGAUCCAGAUGCUGUGAUCAUCAACUGUGAAUAGAUUGCUACGUUUACAGGCAAUGGCUGCUGUACGCAGUGGCUGUGUACAGUGGGCUGUUGCUGCUGAUGGACACUUUGUCGACUUGACUAGUUGUUGUAGCUGGUCAGAGAAUGCCUGAGCAUCUGUGGUGUUGCUGGUGCUGCUCAUGUUAUGCCCAUGGGCUUUCACACAGAGGGUGUGCUGUGGACUGCUGCUGUACCAUGUCCCUCUAUGCAGCUGAUUCAAGGUGGUGUGCAAUAGCAGAAGUUGUAUAAAAUCUGAUCUUGUGCUGCAACAGCUGUGUAUCCAGUGCUCUCCAGGAGCACCCUUCCUGUAGAGAUAAGUGGGAUUCAUGCUACGACCUGUGUGAUCCUUCUCUGCCCUUCCACCUCAGCAGCAUGUCGCCUCAUCUGCUGCCAUUUGGAAAACUGAAUGCUUUGUGAGCCUGGACUUUCCCCAAGGCUGACCAGCGGUUAGUGCUGGGGCUGGCCUGUCCAGUUGGCUGUGCCUUACACCUCUAGCAUGCUCCAUGUUAAUGCAGUGUGUACUGCUCCUAUGGUGCGGACACACGGUCGGUCCUCUGGAUCUGACACUGCACUGAGACCACUGCUGGCGAUCAGCUCCAGCCAGCCAGCGUGCGUGUGGCACCACUCUGUUGCCUCGCCCACAUUUUACACUCUCUCUGCUUGGAUGCGGUUGUAUGUUUAAUUCCAGUCAAUAUAUUCCUUCCUUUAUUCAAUCCCCAUUGUGGGUGUGCGCUAAUGUGUGAGGAGUUGAUGUACUGAGCUUUCACUGGGAAUGUAUUGCAGAUUUUCCACAUAAUAAACCAGAUUGCACCUAAAUAAGAA